AUGGAGCCUCCACGAGAAGGCAGCUUUGUUACACGUCCUCUUUUCUUAGAUGGCAGGAACUACGGGUAUUGGAAAAUCAUAAUGCAAUCCUUCAUAAAUUCCAUUGCUGGAGGUGCUUGGAACUCAGUGUUGACUGGCUACAAAGACCCACUUUUGACUGAUGUUCAAGGAAACACUGCAGGAAAAGUGAGAUCGCUUUGGACUGAGGAAGAAGUCAAAAAAUUCAUGAGCAACGGCAAGACACUAAAUGCAAUAUACAACGCAAUGGAUGUCAGCCAAUCCCGGACGAUUUCUUCCUACAAAACAACAAAGGAAGUAUAG